CGAUUUAAACGUUGCGGAGCGCACAAGCUUUCGGGCACGCAGCGAGUAAGCAAGUAUCUAAACGAGUAGAAUCACGCAAGACAGUCGGCGAUAUGACAGGCCGCGGUAAAGGAGGCAAGGGGCUCGGAAAAGGUGGCGCUAAGCGGCACAGGAAGGUGCUCCGUGACAACAUCCAGGGUAUCACGAAGCCCGCGAUCCGUCGUCUCGCUCGCAGGGGUGGCGUCAAGCGUAUAUCCGGUUUGAUAUACGAAGAGACGCGCGGCGUUCUCAAGGUAUUCCUCGAGAACGUGAUCCGCGACGCCGUCACUUACACCGAGCACGCAAAGAGGAAGACCGUCACCGCAAUGGACGUCGUGUACGCGCUGAAACGUCAGGGACGUACCCUCUACGGAUUCGGCGGUUAAUUGUUUUUACAUAGUAAUUGUGUUACUUCAAAGAUCGUCCGUCCGUUCGUACGUACGUCAAUUCUUCCAUACAAUCGAUUCGGCCUUUAAUACUUCUUGGUACGAAUAAAGAUGGGCGUACGAUCACCACGGCGAUGAUUUUGAAACAAACAAAUUAACUACAAAAAGGCCCUUUUCAGGGCCGCAAA